AUGUCCGAAGCCGACGCCCCGACCUCGGGCACUCUUGCCGGGCGCGAGUUCACGACUGACGACUACUUCAACACGCAGACCCCGCCCGCCGGGCUCGAAGAGAAGACGAAGCGGAUGCAUGACUUCAUCCAUAAGUGGGCAGCUGUUCCCGAUAAGAAGCUCGUUGUUGUUACUUCCGGCGGCACGACCGUCCCGCUCGAGAGCAACACUGUGCGCUUCCUCGACAACUUCAGUGCCGGAACGCGUGGUGCGACCUCGGCUGAAUACUUCCUGAAGAACGGAUACGCCGUCAUCUUCCUCCACCGAACGCACUCCCUCCGCCCGUUCUCGCGACACUACUCCCACUCGCUGAACCCGUUCCUGGACCUUCUCGAGAUUGCGCCGUCGUCGUCGCCGAACGCCGCUGAUGGAUCCGAGAUCCGUGUCCAGAGCGAGCAGGCGCUGAAGCUUCUCCCUGUCCUCAAGGCGUACAACAAGGCGCACGAAGAGGGAUCCCUGCUGGGUAUCGAGUUCCAGACAGUCAACGACUACCUCUGGCUCCUACGCAACGUUGGACAGGAGAUGCAGCCCCUUCAGCGCCGUGGUAUGUUCUACCUCGCAGCGGCCGUCUCAGACUUCUUCCUUCCCGAGGACCGCGUGGCCGAGCACAAGAUCCAGAGCAAGAAGGGCUCGCUCUCGCUUGAAAUGGACCAGGUGCCGAAGGUGCUCAAGCCACUGGUGCAGGAGUGGACGCCCGAAGGCUACACUGUUUCGUUCAAGAAUCUCCUUGUGCCGAAGGCCAAGGCUGCGCUCUCUCGCUACGGACACCAACUCGUGAUCGGUAAUGAACUGCACAAGCGCAAGCACGAGGUCGUCUUCAUCGAGCGAGUAUCCCGUGCCAAGUCGCUCGGCAACCCCGCAAUCAUGGGCGCCGAGACCCCGCCACUGCGCAGCACGCACCCUUCGUCCGCCGCUCUGUCCUCGCUCGCGUUGACUGACGGAGGGGAGCAGCCGGAGAAGGAGGAGUUCCGCGAGACGUGGCUGUACCUGGACAAGCUGGCUAAGGGCCGUGUCCCGGGGCCUGACGAGUUCGAGCCCGAGAUUGAGGAGUACAUCAUCACGGAGCUUGUCAAGAGGCAUCAGGACUGGAUCAACGAUGCCGGACCGCUCAAGAGCAGGCUUGCCGAGCUUGCCAAGGGCCAGUAG